CAACCUCAGGAGAGAGAUGAGAGUCAGGGAGGAGGAGGAUCUGUACAUCCGUGUGGCUUGGUGCAUCCUGGGACAUAGUGGCAACUGGGAGAGACUCCCUAAAACAGCCAAUCACAUCCUGGAAAAUAAGGAUGUAGCCGGAGAGGAUAGUGGACGCUCAGAGAGUCCAGUGGUCCGUGGAUCUGCAGAGGAUGGAGGCCACAAGACAAUCGACUUUCCAGCCGGCGAAGCUGAAACGGCUCGAGCAUCUUCCAGACUUAACUCUCCCUCUGUACUGGGACAACAUGGCUGCCGGUGAAGCUUCGAAGGCGGUUGCACUGCAGUCGUCCUCUGCAGAGUACCAGGGAGUGAAGAAGGCCUUCAAACGAACUGUCCACAAGACGGUGCUGAAGAUCGAGCGCUUGCAGAAUGUCCAUCUGCGACGCUCCUAUGAAGCGCAGAAGCAGCAAAUCUCUGAUGAGAACAAACAGCUGGGUGGAGCAUGCGAGAAGCUUCUGUACCACGGCACGACCCAGGACAACUGUCACUCCAUCAUGAGAAACGGCUUCAACAGUCGCUUUUCUGGGCAGAACGCGACUUCGUUCGGUCACGGGACUUACUUUGCCGUGAAAGCCAGCUACUCGGCAAAACACACCUACUCCAAGCCAGCAGCUGACGGUUCCCAGUUAAUAUUUGUGGCCCGAGUCCUGACCGGCAUCUACACUCAGGGCAAGAGCGACAUGAGGAUGCCUCCUCAUCGCAGUGACCAGCAGGGCCAUGACCGCUACGACAGUGUGGUGGACAGCAUGGACAACCCCACAAUGUACGUCGUGUUCCAUGACAACCAGGCGUACCCAGACUACCUCAUCACCUUCAAGUGAUCCUGAGGGAAAAAUCAUUCAUCUUCCAGCGUGCAAAUACAGAAAUAUACAGGUCUCACACAAGACCCGGGGCUAGCAUCAAAUGAUCAUGAUAAAAACAAAUAGUUAAUAUAAAACUGAGAUCAUUUAGAGAUCUUUCUUAAACUUUUUAAAAGGUUUUCUUCUACUCAACUAUUGCUGCUUGGGUACCUGCAGGGUUAUUCCUCUUGGAAUGAGGAUGCUAAACUGUUGCACUUUAAUUUUUUAGGUCACAAGAUGUACCGUUUCUGGUUCGUGUGACUGUUUUGAAUUUGUAUUUGGAAAUCACAGAUUUACUGCCAAUCUAAGCAUUAAUAAAAGUCAGAAUCACA